AUGGCGUCUAAGAUUGUCUCAGCUAUAGUCUUUGUAUUCAACCUCGUUGCCUUUGGUCUAGCCGUUGCUGCUGAACAAAGACGAAGCACUGCAACGGUUGUGCAAGACACUGAGGUGCAAUACAACUAUUGUGUGUAUGAUUCUGACAGAGCCACAGGGUAUGGAAUUGGAGCCUUUUUCUUCUCAGUGGCUAGUCAACUUCUUAUCAUGCUCGUUAGCCGUUGCUUCUGCUGUGGAAAGCCUCUCAAGCCUGGUGGUUCACGAACUCUUUCCCUCGUUCUCUUCGUUGUCAGCUGGAUGUUCUUCUUGAUAGCGGAGACAUGCCUAUUAGCUGGAUCGGUUGAGAAUGCAUACCACACAAAGUAUAGGACAAUGUUCAUGGACAAUCCUCCAGACUGUCAGACUCUUCGUAAGGGAGUAUUCGCUGCAGGUGCUUCCUUCGUCUUCUUCAACGCUAUUGUCUCUCAAUUCUAUUACUUCUUUUACUCCUCUUCUGCUGAGGCCUCCCCCUUGCCUUACUAGAGGACUUUGUUCCACAAAAAAAUCGUUUUUUUUUCAAUAUGCUAUGUGUUUUAUACUCUUGUCGUACUUUUUGGGGUAUUAUCUUCUUUUUUUUCUGUAUGAUUGAAAAUUAUUUGAUGUUGAGGGCACAACUAUGAGUUUUGUAGAUUAAUUUGUAUGGAUAUUGAUUUGAAAUGUUGCUUUUAUAAGGCGUAUGUAAUCUGACAUAUCUACUCUAUUAAAAUAGAAUCAUUC